GUUACAACAAUAAAGAAUUUAUGCCUUGGCAAUUAUCUUUGAAUUUUAACAAUAAUUUUAUAUCAAAGAGGAAAAAAUGUAUAACAACUCCAACUGCUCUUUCUCUCUUUAGUACAUAGCACCUUAACGUUCUUUUUAUUAACAUAAUGCUAUCAUCUUAUUUUGAAGUUCCAGCGCCGAAGCCAACAUUGCCGAGCCAACCACCGCCGAAGCAACCAUCUAAAGCAAUGACGACAGCCGGCUUCACAAUAGCUGCCAUUCUUGGAGGAAUUGUUAUCAUGUCUUUGAUAUAUUUGUGGAAGAAACGCAAAGGUAAAAGUGCAUAUUAUUCGCCUCGUGCAUGAUCAUUCAUGCUCGCUUGAUCAGUGUAGCCAGACUAAUUUGCACGACAAAUUUCGGAAGGUUUUUAUAAUGUUUAGCCAGUUUAUAAUAUUUUCUCAAUGUGAAUCCUUGUACGUACAUCAGUCAAAAACGUAUUACUCAGUCUCUUUCCAAUCAAUUUAAUGUGGGCGAGUAGUAUAUUACAUGCGAAUAAAUUGAGUAAAUAUUGAUAAAAGAUGCUUUAUGUCCAUAAAAAGGCCUCUCUAUUAUUUAUCACUUAUAAUAAGUAAUACAUAUAUUUGUAUAAGCACUAGAAGGCUGAUACCUUAAAUUUUAUAUAAAGUCGAUCAAUACUUUUUAGGCGAUCUCGAUGAAGAAACAGCACUUGGAAUGGAGAAUAAAAAGAUUCAGGAUUCUCGAAUUGCAUCAUCAAGCUUUUGGACCGGAUUACCAGCACAAGAAGGGAGACUGAAUGGCGCUACCGCCUGGUCUGCAAAUGAAAACGAUAAGAACCAAUGGAUUCAAGUUGAUCUUGGCAAAGAGAAAGUUGUCACAGCAAUUGCCACUCAAGGUCGAAAGAAUGCAGACCAAUGGGUGGGGUCGUAUUUUGUGUCUUACAGUUUGGAUAGAGAAAAAUUUGAGCGUUACCAAAUUAAUGGAAAAGACGAGGUAAUAAAGUUGAGAAUUGUUGAGAAUAGUUCUAAAAAAUUUGAGAAUACUGCAGCUGUAAUUUUGGAGGAUGACGAAAGAUAAGAUACAAUGAUUAAACAACACUAUUGAGAAGGGUUUCUUUUAAGAUUUUGUCCGUGGAACGGCUAUUGAGAGAAGUAAGGGGAUCCAACUAGGAAGUGCUGUACGAAGGAUCCUGUAGGAUGGGUCACUGGCCCAUCCCUCAAAUAAUAUUUUCGAGCCUUGCAGACUUGAUAUUUUGAAUUCUUCAAAACAACUUUUUGUAUUUUUCAUCCUCUAAAAUAUAGACGAAGGGUCGGUGAUGGGAAUACUAACUAAAUCACUCUUUUUACUUAUUAUUCGUCCGUUCACUGGGUCACGGGAGAGGCCAAUGUUGGCGCUGGAGGAACUUGCCCCAGACUAUCUUUGUGUUAAAAGAGGACUUGUUGUCGAGUCAAAAAGCCAAAGAAGUUUUAUUAGACAAUGUAUUUGAUUAGUUAGUUUCUUAAAUUUGGCCUCGUGCUACCGAUCUUUGCAAUGCCACUAAACAUUUUUCUGCGCAGAUGUUCAGUGGAAAUGAUGACAAGAAUACUGUGGUCACGAAUGUGUUAUCGCCACCAAUAAAAGCCCGUUACAUCCGCAUACAUCCCCAAUCAUGGUGCAAUCAUAUUUCAAUGAGGAUGGAACUUUAUGGCCGCAGUACGUCGAACUGGCCAAAAGGUACUGUAAAAUUGGUGCUCGAGACUAUAUACAUCCGCCGGCGAAAUUAAGUCAUGUAUCAUGAAUAACUUAUAUACACUGGGCUAGUUAUGCAUUCUGUUUUCUCUUCUGUCCGGAAAAACAAGAUAAACAUUUGCAAAUUUAUUAUCCAAUCUUAAUUCAAAUUUAUAUUUUGUGUUCAAUGUAUAGACUACAGUAAGACUUUUUUUGAAUAAAUGUGUUGAUUACAUCAACAAACGGCGUUUCGGAGAUUUACUCUAUCUUCAUGUAGAUAAGAUGCAAUAUGAUUACAAUUUGAGUUUAAAUUUAAAAAAGAAAGUCUUACUGUGGUCUAUACAUUGGACACAAACUAUAUUAUUAACAUGAGGCUUAGAAAAAGUUCGUUCUUAAACAUUUUGAAUUCAAAUUUAACCAAAAUUUAGUCAAUUUGCCAUUGGAGAAUGUCCAUUAGUUCCACAAAGAUUCGCGGAAAAAACCUCCUGGCGGAGGUAACAACUUUAACUCGGGCCAGCAGUAAUUGGCAAUUACAUUGUUACGGAUUCCCUGCCACUGUAAUAUGUACAAGGCGAAUGAAAUAAAUUAAAAUAAAUAAAAAAUAACUAAACGUCUGGAUAAAAUAUUAACAUGUCUUAGUUCUAUGCAUGUUGUAUAACUCCCUAUCGAUAAUUACGUCACAAGUCCUCUCUUGAGCAGGAAACCUCAUGAAUUAUUAAUGAGUUUUUGAAGGUCAUAUACAAUAUUAGAUGCUGAAAAUUGAUAUGCAGGAGGAAUAAAAGCAAUGAGAGUAACUAAAACCAUGAUUGAUCAAUGAACCCGAAAUUUUCGGAAUAUUGGUUUAUAUUAUUCUGUAAACUAAUGGGUUUUGGAAUUCAAAAAUUGCCCCAUUGGCUCUCUUUUACUUCAAUCACUUGGGUUCAAUCCAGAAGUUGCAACCCAAUACUGCACCAUUUCUAUAAUCAUCUCAUGAAUUACCCCUUGGCUUGAAAGCCUAGCUCGCUCCCGUGAAUCUAAUCAAAAUUCAAUUCGCUGACGACUAACGAGAAUGAGAAAUUAUCCAAUCUUGAGUAAGAAAUUAGUCAUGUGCAUGCGUCUUUAUACCAGCUAAAGAACACUUGGACAAAAGACCAUUGUUAUGCAAACUAUAUAAAGAUUUUUAUAUAAAGAUUUUUAUAUAAAGAUUUGACUUAUUAUGCAAACGUUUUUGAAGCCAUUUAAAAAACUCGCAGGUCGUGUUUUAUUAGGUCUAAAUUCACUCGCGCUGCGCGCUCGUGGUUUUAAACCUAAUAAAACACUCCUGCUCGUUUUUUAAAUAGUACAUGAAUUGUUAAAGUUUUAUUUGUUUACGUAAAAAAUACGGCUAGGAGCCUACUACGAACCAUUAGGCAUUUUCUCUGCACCCUUAUAUUAAAUAUAGUAAAAUUUUGUUUAAUUAAAUAUAAAUUAUUAAACCAGUUCCUACUUCAACAUAAAUUGGGGGGACGCUUAUGUAUUCACGCGCAUAACAUAAAAUUUCUCUAUGAGUCCUAAAAACACUUUUGCCCUUAAGACUACCACGAUAUUCCCAAUCAACAAAUACGCAUAAUAGUAAACAAACAAUUAAGCAUCCACUGCACGUUUUUCUGAGCAUUAUGAAGUAAUGACCUGAGCUUUUUAUUUCCAAAAACUAAUAUGGAUUAAUCUUUCCAUAUAAUUUUUCAGAGAACGUGAGAGUUUUUAUUUUGAAUCCAAAUCACUGUGAGCUAUGUACUGAAGUUGUGCAAACGCUGGCAGGAUUACUGAUGGAAACAGGACAUAUACGUUGUGAGGUUGACAUUUUUGCUCCCAUGCGAGAGAAGUGUCAAGGAUUGGCACGUUGGACACAAGAAAUGAUUUUCAAAUGUGAUUACGUCAUUAUUCCAUGGAUGUGCGUAAUAAAUCAACCGAAAGAAAGUAAGAUGUUUUUAAAUUCCCUAAACAAAAGGACAAAUCAGACUCCGGGAAAACGUUUUCUCCCAGAUUUCAAGAUUUCGGAAAACAAGAGGAAACACUAACAACUUUCAAAGCAAUACUUCAAAUGUAGAAUUUGCAAUAAAUUGGAAAUAGUACUUUAAUUACUAAUCUUUUGUCUCCUCUUGUGUGCAUCAAAUCUUGAGUUUCAACUUGGAAGGCGGCUUUAUUCGUAGUUUGUUUCGCCUUUUGGCUGUAUUUUAUCAGGUCUAAAAUACUUGCUUAAUUAAAUUCUUGGGUAUUUUAGUGGACACAAUCCACUCAUUCCUUGACUUGCACAUUUUUUUAGUAAUCCCGUGUUGGGAGAACUUAGACUAGUAGCUGUGUAUAAUACCCAAAACUAUCAACAGGCAAGGUAGCCGGGACGACGAGAGGGAAAGGAAGACAGAAUUUCGUGAAGCACUUUAUAAUUUUUAUAGGCCAGUACACAGGAAGGAUGCGAAGUACUGGUGUUGAGGUGUCAAAAGAGUGGUGCCCUCCCCCCAUAUCUCCUUCCCCAACCUAUACAUAUUCGUGGACAAUAAAGCACGCUUCCAUUCUGGCCAAUUACCUCCGCGAGGAGGUUAUGUUUUUACAUACAUGUACGUGUCUGUCUGUCUGUCUGUCUGUCUGUCUGUCUGUCUGUCUGUCUGUCUGUCUGUCUGUCUGUCUGUCUGUCUGUCUGUCUGUCUGUCUGUCUGUCUGUCUGUCAGCCCUUGCUCCUCUUGCCCAUCCUGGUGAAGAGCAAGAGGCAGCUGCUUCUCUCGCCCCUACCCACAAUUUCGAGUUUCCUGACUCUCCGUAUAACAUGCGGAGUCCCGAUGAAAUGCUAUGUUUGUUUUUUGUUGAGAUAUGGCGGAAGUUAUUUAUGAAAUAUUUAUAUUUCCUACAUUUCCUUACAGAUACAUGCAUUAACAUGAGAACUCUAACCUUUCUUUCAUCGUUGGACAUUAUACACGGAGAACUGGUUCGAAAUCGAAAUAAAAGGGAUAAAUUUAUUCCCGUGUGCUUGGAUCAUUGUCCGUUAGAUAUAAUUCCUCCGGAGGAAGUACUUCUACAAAUCUACAAUAUUCCAUCCAAGAUAGAUGACUUGGUCAUAGAACUGUUAGGGAAAACACGACGACCUGAACCUAACACAAUUUUGGAAUUUGACGAUGAAGAAUAUAUUACGGCAAGAAACAAACUAACGCAAGCUGUCAACAAAAUGGAAAAGAAUCAUCCCACACGUUUUGGUAGGUUUACUGCUAAAGUUGCUUGAAAUCUGAUUGUUUUUUUGCGUAAAUACAAUAUGAGUAAUCGUGGAGUUGAGGAUAUCAAACUUCUCUGGAUAGAAAAAAAUAGAAAAUUUUAUUUUGAUACUCUAACUACGCCAAUUAAAACUAUUGAUUUCCACGAAGGCGUGUGUUCAAAAGUUAUUACACAAAAAUGUUCUUAUGGUAUUUUAUAAAAAGAUAGAAACAAAUGUAACUGUUCCAAUUGACAAAACUGACAUUAAUAUAAUUAUUACAUCGGUGAUUAUUGAAAAUUCUCCACGCUGAUUGGUUGUCGUUGAUGUGAUUAAGCGCGAUAAUCACCUAAGUGAUUUUCGAAAUUAAUGGCGGCCGAAGCGGCGCCGUUUAGUCAAUUAAAUGACGAAGAAAUGUGUAUUCUUUAUUUUUUCCCAAAUAAUCACCUAUGAAAUUAUAUUAAAACAAUUAUUCAUCUCAAGCUUGGUGAUUAUCGUCAAUAAUUCCGAUAAUCACCACGCCUUCGGCGACUGGGGCGGAUCUAGGAUUUUUCGCACGUUAGUCAAAAUUUUAUGACGUCAUCGAUGACGCCAAACGUGAUGACGUCAUUUGACAUGAUGUCAUUUGAUAUCAGGAUGAUAGUCCAAUUUUUGUGGAAGUAUAGAUAUUUUGUUUUAUUAAACUACAAAUGCGUAAAUGACAUAAUUUUCGUACCUGCCAAUGUUCAGCAUAUGAUAUAUUAAUAUAUAGACUGUUUCGCCCUACAGUGUAUACCUUGGCUCAUCAGCAUGCCUAGGAAACACGUUUACCAAAAAUAGUAAACCGCGAUCCAACAAGGACAGCUCCUUGAAAAAGCUGAACACAAGCACAGGUUUCUGGCUCCUUAAAACCAGAUUGCUUGCCUUCACACCUUUUACAAGAGCAAAGGGAGUUUGGCUAGAACUUAGAAAUGGGUGACAAUAAAAUGAACAAUGAACACCACCUAAAAUGAGCAAUCUGGUUUUAAGGUGCCAUAAACCCACCUCACACCUUUCACCGCAGCAACAGGAGCUUGGUUAAAAAUGGGUGACAAUACGGGACAUUUCAUGGAUGUGAAAUUGCUUUGUUUUUCCCUUUAGCCCCUUCCCCAGUCCUCCUAUUACUAACCUAUGUCUAAUCUAAUUAAAUUCAUCAUCUUGUUAUAUACUGUCCAUGAUGAAAAUGUAUAAUAUCACAAGUGAAAUGGUGCCUCAAUGCUGCAGCUUCAGUGGAAGCCAACUUUGAUUGAAAACAAGUUUAAUUACCUGGCAUUUUAAACAUAUUUUAAUCACAGUCGAUUCAAAUACAAAAUAUUUCAUUACAAAUGACUAUUACUUUACUUAUCUAGUUAUCUGAAAUAUUAAAUUGGCAAGGUUUUUAACACAGUAUUCUAUUAUAUUCCUAUAAUCCUAUACUAUGCUUACAUACUGUAUAUAGACAGUCACAUACUAUCAACAUGGAGUUUGUCUGUCAGCUAGGGCCUGAAAUAAUGUUCCCAAAGUGUUCCCGAUCGUGGUGGUCGGCAGUCAUGACUUUCCCUACUUUUUUAGGUUGGAAACCCUGCUUUUCCGCCGAUCAUAAGCAAUUUCUUGCCUAUUAUUGAUUAGUGAUAAGUUGUUAUUUCAAGCCCUGGUCUGUUGAAAAAUUUAACUGGUUCAAGAUGCAAUGGACCUGUCUCAAGCCAAUGAGAUCAGACCCGAUAUUUGGCAUCAGCUUUUGUCUACAAAGCCCGAAUGUUUGGGGGGGGGGGGGGGGGAUUAUGGGAAGGUGGUGAUCUUGAAAGGCUAAGUUUGGUUGAUGAUGAAGAACCAAACCCCAGGAAGUUUUUUCUCAUGUCACUGUUGUGUACAAGAGUGAGGUUAUUAAUUGCUAUUGGAGGCGAGAGUGGUCUUUUUGCAAGCCGAGAUAUUUAACUUUAACCACAUGUUCCAGAAAAUUUAUCAAUAACGUUUCCUACAGUACAUAUGUUAGGAAUAAUUUCCUGGUGAAUUUGCAUCAUGACCAAGCCAAGUCAUUUAAUUUAAGUAGUCUUCAACCAUAGUGCUUCGCUUAUAGCCUUUUAGUGUCCUAUAAGUGCCGAAAUAGACCUUUCACACUUGCACUGUAAACAUUUAAACUAUCAAGGUCAAAUUAGGUCAUUGGUACCUGUCAAUGCUUAGGAAACAGAGCUAUACAAGCAAUUGCCAGUUGCAUCAGAUCUAAAAAUAUAACCAAAGAUUAUAUUAUUAUUAUCUUUAUAAAGUACAUUUGCAGAGCUAUUAUCAGUCAAUCAAUACUCUAUAAAGCAUGUACACAAUAAAUAUUUUUUAUCCAACAUGAUCAAAUAUUUGAGAUCAAAUUUCUGCCACUUGAGGUGUUUUAAUUUUAUACACAUAAUGAAUAUGUAUGCAGUAUAUAAAACUUUGGACCUAACCUCGCACAAUUAUGCAAAUCGUACGUUCAAUUCAACGAUUUAUUGUUCAAAAUUCAAACCACUUUACCUUAUUGCCAUAAUGCCAUACACCUCUUUAUAAUCUCCUGAAAUAGACGACGAGAAUUCGAGAAAUCAACACAUCUCAGCUAGAUAGUUUCGGCCAAGACAAUUUUCUUGCAUCCAUCGAAUUUAUCUGCUUGAAAUAUUCUCCACAGAACACCAGUAAGCAUUCCUUAUCGUCACUUUCAAAUAACGAUCUAACCUUUUCGAAAUCUACGUCGUUCAUUUCGAUAAUAGUAAAUAAAUACAAACAAAAUAAUUUGCUUGUAAAAUUGUACAGAACUGCAACAAAGCUACCAAGUGCACAAUGCUUCCAAAUUGAAGAUUAGAAGGCCAAUCAGAGGAGAUGUUCUUUAACUCUUUUGCGCAAAUUGUCCAAUCAGAAGCUGCUAUCUAUUUGCAGAAUUAGUCAAAAUAGUCAAAAUUUCGCAAUCGUUAGUCAAAAUAGGUCUGACCAAUCAACAUGCCUGUAAUAUGUAAUCUGAGCAAAUUUGACCAAUCAAAUCACAUGAACUAAAACGCAGAAUAGUCAAUUUUCUUUUGAAUACCGCUUAUUUGACUUAUCGUUUGACUAAUCAAUCGCUGGCUCAAUGUGCAAAAAGUGACCGAUGUUUAUAUGCUGGAGUGUGAUAGAGUUUUGAUUGCGUGAUCAGAAAUGAAGAGAAGUGUUUGCGCUGGGAAAAAAUUCAAAAACCUUGGUCCAAUUUUUUUAUAUGCCUUUUUUUUACGUUAGUCGCGUGACUAAUCUGACUACCCCUAGAUCCGCCCCUGUAUAAUUGUUAAAUAUAGACAACUAAUUGUUAGCUAACUGUUUAGUUUACAAUAAAGGAUUUAUAUAUAAAAGAUAUGUUAUUUAUUAACAUGAGCAGCGAUGUUUCUUUCAAAUAGAAGUUAAUAAAACUUCAAAACUAUUGGCCAAUGAGGUGCGUAGUUUUGAUUUAAAAUUCAAAACUACGCACCUCAUUGGCCAAUAAAAUUAGAAACCCAUUUAACUGUCAGAACUGUCAAACUGAAACUUGCAGUUUUUCACACGCCACUUGCAACGAAUUGUGAUCACGAGGUACACAAAUAUGUCAUUCGUAAUAGACAAAACUGUCACUGACAAACGGCCUAAAAACGGUCGUUUCGCAGUUUACUGGGAACAAUAGUAAUAUAAACACAAUUAUACGCUUUGUAUAAAUCCAGCGUUUCUCUAAAUUUGAUUUUGUUCUUAAAUCGGUGUGAAAACUUUUCAAAAGAUUCAACUACAAGUUUGAUUUUUCGUAUAAAAUAACUCGCAACUGUUUUAUUAGAUUAAGCAGAUAAAACAGUACAUGUGAAUUAAGUUGAAUGACAAGACUUACAGAUACGUUUCUGCGACAGCUCAGCGGUUCAAGAGCAUAGGUCUCCCGAAAAGGUCUUUUAUUUAAAAAAAUCCAUACAAUUUGCUUUAAAAUACAAUGCUUUGACAUGCAAUGCUUCGAUGUACAGUAAAACCUCUAUAAUUUGUAUUACAUCAAGUACGUGCAACAUCACAAUAGCGUUGCGUCGUUAUGUAAUAUAUAUCCCCAAGGUUGGCAAGUAAAUACAAAUUUAAAACUGUAUACACAAACUUAAUGACGAAAAAACUCGUACAUAAACAUCGAAAUUCAUUAAAAAAACUAACUCACUAUGGUAAGAAAUAACUGUAAUACUUUUAGAUUGUGUUUUUUUCUUCUCUCAUCACUUUUAAACGAGUUAAUUUUGCGAAAAUUCCGAGGAAAAUGGCUCAAUUUGGUCAAAACUAUGCGGGAUGACUGCUCCCGGCGUUACGUCACAAAAUAAAGCUCUUUGAUUUGCUGAAAAUGUUUAAAAUUUCAAAAAAACUCUCCGAUUGGCUGGCUGAAAUUUCCCAGCGAAUCAGAGAGCUUUAUUUUGUGACGUAACGCCGGGAGCCAUCAUCCCGCAUAGUUUUGAUCAAAUUGAGUUACGAAUUUGAUGAAUUUUCCUUGGAAUUUUCGCAAAAUUAACUCGUUUAAAAGUGAAAAAACACAAUAUAAAAGUAUUACAGUUAUUUCUUACCAUAGUGAGUUAGUUUUUUUUAAUGAAUUUCGAUGUUUAUGUACGAGUUUUUCGUCAUUAAGUUUGUGUAUUCAGAUUAAAUUUGUAUUUACUUGCCAACCUUGGGGAUAUAUAUUACAUAAUGACACAACCACAGAGUAGAGACAUACAGAGACGUAACUAGUGUACCCACUUUUUUGUGCGCAUGCUCGGCAAGUUACUAGAUGCAUGCAUCUGAUUGGAUGACGACCUGAUGACGACUCACUUUAAACUUGCUGAGCACGCGCAGUUGAUCAUUUUUCGCCCGGUCGCCUGAAAAAAAGUGGGUACAUGAAAACGUAAUUUAUAAUAAGCUUCCGCAGUGUUUACAACGGUCAGUUACGUCUCUGUAUGUCUUAUCUACUCUGUGGACACAACGCUAUUGUGAUGUUACACCUACUUCAUGUAAUACAAAAUAUAGAGGUUUUACUGUACAUUGAAGCAUUGCAUGUCAAAGCAUUGUAUUUUAAAGUAAAUUGUACGGACUUUUUUUAAAAUAAAAGACCUUUUCGGGAGACCUAUGUUCAAGAGUUCGUUGAAUCAUUUCAGUCCGCGACACAACAAGUUGAAAAUAUUCAGCAUGAUAGUAUAAAAGACAAUGCUGAACGUAAAUACAUAAAAAAAAACACUCCAAAAGAUUGGUUAAAAUAAGUUAAUUAAUAGCAUUAAUUCGUACUCUUCGAAUCGUGAAAAAUUUAGGAUUAUAAUGAAAAAUUGGCGUUUUCUUUGCGGCGAAAAACGUCAAAAAUCUUCUCGCUGUUUGUUUCAAUAUUUUUACAGAGUCGCGACGAUUCCAUCAUUCCACGGAGUGAAUCUAAAAAUCGAGAGUUGAGAUUAAUAUAUAUAGGUCGAGAGUCGAGAGUAAAACUCGAGAGUAAAACUCGAGAGUCGACAGCAAAAAGUCGAGAGUUGGCUGCAAAAAGUCGAGAGUAAAAGUCGAGACUAAAAGUCGAGAGUCGACAGCAAAAAGUCGAGAGUUGGCUGCAAAAAGUCGAGAGUCAACAAAUGUAGUCAUCAGAAACAACAAAGUCAAAAUAUUUUUAACACAAUAUAGGCUAUAGCCGUUCCGUAACAACGGCUGAUCUACAAACUUUCAGCGCAUAAAUGUAGCUACAACACUCAACAGUCGAUAAUAAUAGCGUGAACAAAAAAGACUGGAUAAGAAACUAAUAUCACAUGUGAUGCCUUUAUCUUGCUAAAUUUUUUAACAUGUAAUUUCAUCAAAUUUUGCUGCCUUUCAAUGUAGACACAUCGCUUGUAACUACCGUCGCUUGCAACUAAGGAUAAACAGUCGCAGAUAAAACAUUGUCUAUUCUCAUGAGAAAGUUCAAUGUUAGUACCGACAAACUGUCAUACUUCAAUGUUUGUGAUGAGCAUUUGAUGGUUUCAGCGGAUGAUUCCAGCUAAAGACUAAAUUAUGAUCCAGGCAAGAAGAACAAAAUCCAUCACCGCAGCUAGAAAGAGCAUGUAAUUAGUAAAAUGUUUUAAAAUGCGGAAAGUAUAGCCCUGCUAAAUUGGCAAUUUUGUAUUAAUUUGUAUUACGCGUGGCAAAAUGCCCCACAUUUGGGCCGAAAGUAGUGCAUUUUCCCUCGCGUAAUACAAAUUAAUACAAAAUUUGCAAAAUUCGAAGGGCUACAUUUUCCGCAUUUUACAACAUUUCGCAACCAAUGGAUUUUAUUCUUCGUGCCGAGAUCAAAAUUUAGUCUAUAGUUGGAAUUAUCUAUUCGCUCAACCCAUCAGCUUGGAUCAGAUUUUAAAGAUUUUAAAUUGAUCAGAUUUUAAAACCUAAUAUAGGCAAUGUUUUUAUGAGCGACUGUUCAUCAUUAGUUGCAAACGACAGUGAAAUGUCAUUUAAUUAAACGUUUAUAUUAAACGAGAGCGUAUGAACUCUAUGAGGUAUUCUACGUUAAGCUAAAAAGAGUAUUCUUUUCUCGUCUAUGUGUCAGUUAGAUUGAAACGAUGACAUUUGUUGACUCUCAAAUUUUUGCUGCCAACUCUCGACUUUUUGCUGUCGACUCUCGAUUUUUUGCUGUUGACUCCCGACUUUUACUCUCGACUCUCGAGUUUUGCUCCCGACUCUCGACUUUUACUCUCGACCCAUACUCUCAACUGUCGACCCGCGACCUUUAGAUACACUCCAUUCCACGCGAGGAUUAUAUCUGAUCCAUCUAUAUAAAUUGUGUUAUAAACUGUACUAACUGUAGGGAGCCCAGUGAAAUCUACAUAUAUACAGGAACGAUAACUCCAGCGGGAAUUGAAGCUCAUCUUGUAGGCAAUGAACUCUAGAGUUCACUGAGGGAGCCACCUUAAGCACGAGUCGGGGCGUAGGAAGUACCAAAAAAUUGGGGGGGGGGGGCUGGUUUCGAGGGGCACUUUUCGAAAGAAAAGACACCCAAAAAUUUUUCCCAGGAAUUGUUGGCGACGUACCAAAAUACAAAAAUAAAUUAAAUGCACUCAGAAAUCAAAGGCCAUUGAGUAAAAAUGCGAUCUGAACGACAUUUUUCAUGAUGUCAGAAGGGCACUUUGCCAACGGAAAAAGGGCAGGGGAGGCCUUGGCUUGCCCCCCCCCCCUCCCCCCAGGUUCCUACGCCCCUGUCCGACAUAAUUGUUGAGUUCAAGGAUUAGUCCCAAACAUGGCAUUGCGGGGUUUUGUUAUAUUGUAAGAUUUUAUCUUGCUCAAAAUCACGUCACGUACUAUUCUGUAAAAAAUUGCAUCUAAAUGGCAUUUUAUAUUUACAUUUGCCGCGGGAACAUGCCAAUGGUUUUUAAUUUAAGCUGAUGCAUCUCCUCUUCUCUUAUUUUAACUUGAUAUCUUCGCAUUUUCUUUUGGUUUCAGAUACAUCAGAAAAGAAAAAGAAAAGAAAUAACAAUCUUAGCUAAAUCGACUGGAACGGAACAGUAGAGAGGUUCUCAGAUCUAUAUUUGACCUCUACUACCGCUACCUGUCACUGCCUUAGUACGCAUCUGAUUGGUCAAUCGGAUAGUUCAAAUGCAUCUGAUUGGUUUAUUGUUCAUUAAUGUAGCGGUAGCGGUAGUGGAAGUCAAAUCUGAACCUCUAUAAUAAGACAUCCUAGAAGACCUAGACCGGAAGGCUUAGAGAAAUAAUUUAAUUUAAUAUUAUUUUUGCACAAAGCAUAUUUAAAUGUACAUUAUUUAAUACUAUGAAUGUAUGAUGCAACCUCGUUCCCAGGGCAUUUCCCUUGCGUAUUCCCGCCCUCCCCCAAGCGAAGGGAAAUGCCCUGGGAACGAGGUUGAGUAUCAUACACUGUAAAUUUUAAGGAGUUGAAUCAGCUCCAAAAGUGUUAUUCUGUUAGUCAACGUUUUUGGAGACAGGAUAACACUUUAGUUUAGGGUUCAAGACGCACGCAUGCAUCAUAGACAAUGAAUGUUAAGGGUAAGUACUAUUCUUAGAUGCUUUCAAUUUUGUAAACAUAAAGGCUGUUUUUUAGGCGUUCACUUUGGUUUUAUCAUACACUCAUGUUUUUACUAUAUUAACAAAUUUAUUCAGUACUGGAAAAGUUGAAGACAUGGCCAAAGCAUAAAAUGUUGCAGGCAUUCUGAUCGCACAUAUUUUUCUGGGUUUUUUAUUUCUACAAAACCUUAUUCAAAUAACGAGUAGACAAAAGACGGGUGACAACUCUCUAUAAACAAUAACUCGUCACUCACCAAACCGCAGAACCAAAAACUGCACGAAGGAGCUUUUGAAAUUUGCGCGUCUUUCCUAAAAACAAUGCGAUGAUUGCGAUCUUCAACUACUGUUUGAACGUAAUAGGCCGUUUGUCGAGGCAUAAAAAAGUGCCUAUAAAACGAUUUUCAUUUACCGUGCCUCGUAACUCAAAUACUUUUACAUAACUCACCACUUUUAAACAUGGUGAAUCUGAAUCCGAAGAGUUCCCGCUCCGUAGACCCGCAGUAUUUUUGUAAAAUUCAUGUUUAUUUGCACUCUUUUGACGAAAUUCCAACAAUCGCCCGCCAUUUUGUUUAUUAUUCCUCGAUGCUUCGAAUUAAAUUGCAUCGCUCAAAUGUAUGUUUACUCCGUACCAGUCUCUUCAAAUUGCGGCCGCGUUGUCAUUUAGAACGAUGGGAUGUUACUAGUAAUGUGGGGGAAGCCCACUGACCUAUAAAAUAUCUGGAACGCUAAAACCAGGUGAAUUUUUGAAGCCAGCUUGAUUUAGUUUUCCUGAGUUUUCAGUUGAAAUUCUUGACGCCGAAG